AUGGAAGCGUUUGAAGCCGAGUUGGCCAAAGCAACAAACCCUGGUAAUGGGGACUUGCUGGGUGCCGUUGGUAUGGUCAUUGACAACAACGGCAAGUUCUUCACCAAUAUCGCGGCCCUGCAACUGGUUGAACGCGGUAUUUUGAUGCUCGACGAGCCGAUUAGCAAGCAUCUUCCUGAGAUUGAGAAAUGCCUGCUCGUCGAGGAAGUAGAUGAGGAAAUACGGUUACGCCGUCCAACCCACGACGUCACAUUGCGCCACCUGCUUUUGAGUACGGGUGGUAUGGGCACCCCCGAUACGUACCAAGCACGGUUUGGCAGCGAGGAUAGAGUACCGCCGCCGGACUUCCCCGAUGACGCCCAUCCAUUAGCCAGGAAUGUAUUUACGCACCUUUUCUUUGAGCCCGGCGAGGGCUUCGAGUACGGAUCGGGGCUGUAUUGCGUGCAACUACUCGUCGAGCGGCUUGGCGACAAGGAUCGGUUCUUCCAGUACGUCGACCACCAUAUCUUUGGCGCGCUCGGCAUGACCGCCUCCACCUACCGACCGGCUCUGGUGCCGCAUGUCUGGAACCGCCGCCUGCAGAUGGUAGAGCGCAAGGUUGACGCCUCCGCGACGGACGGCAAGGCCUGCCUCGUGCCCCGUGACAAGGACACGUACGGCCUAACCUGCAGUAUUUCCGAUCUGGCCCGGCUCUUUGGCGAUAUCAUGUCGCCGGAUUGCAAGCUGCUCCAGCGCCAGGAACACCGUGAUUUGCUUUUCACGCCGCAGUUGACGCCCGGUAGCCAGGCACACCAGUCGCUGCUGGCCGAAACCACCAACUAUGGCUUCCUGCUGCCCCUCGAACAGGGCGUGUCCCACGAGGUAUCAUGGGCGUUGACACCGCCUCCGGCGAUGAACUGGACCGCGGCGGGCGCUUUUGUUGAAGAGGACGGUACGCUUCCAGGCACAGGCAUCCCCAAAGGGACUGUCGCGUUUGAAGGGCAUCCCAAUAUCAUCUGGACCAUGAAUCGCGAAAGGGGGCGCAUGAUGCUUUUUGGUACCCAGUUGCUGCCCGGCUACGAUGUGAAGGCACAUAAUCUUGCGGUUCGGUUUUUGUAUGACGCUUGGAGGACGUUUGGCUAG